CUUUAUCCAGCUUUGGUGUUCUGAAAACUUCCAAAAGCCCUCCUGUCUGCGGCACACAUCGCUCUUAGCUUUACAAGAGGCUAGACUCUUCGGGUUCUACAGUUCUGCGCAAACAUGUCGGGGUGGCGCAUCGUCGUUAACUGGUUCCUGCCACCGCCACUAGUGCUCACAAUCCUGCUGAUCUUGCCCAUGCCGGGGGUCGUCAAGAAGGGCCUCCUCACCUUCACCCGCAAGUUCCUUUUCAUUAACAUCGGCCACGUCCGGCUGGUCCACUUGGCCCUCCUCAUCACCGGGGCGGCGUUCGCAGCGUGCACACCGUCCGGCUGUCCAAGGAGCCCCUGCCCGAGAUCCUCACACCCAACCAGAAGACCGCAAUCCUGGCAAGAAGGUGGCGUGAGGAACGGAACUUCUGGAUCGCCACACUCACAUUCCUGCUGUGGGGCCUCUUGUACCGCUUCUAUCAGCUCACUCUAGACCAUAUGGCGCUCCGAGACCGGGUACGGCAACUCGAGCUGGGGGCGGUGGGCGGUGGGAGCCUCGCGGGGGGGCUGGUAGCCGCCCAGCGGGCUGCGUCGCUGGGGAGCGGCAAGGGGGCGGUGGAUCCGUCCGCGCCGCCCGCCCCGGCUGAGAUGAUGGCCGGGGAGGGUAAGGAGCAUAAGAAGAC